UGGGGAUCAUUAUAUUGUUAGGCUGGGGUCAUUGUGAGGAUGAGAGGGGUAACAGCUCCUGCUCCUGCUGCAGAGAAGCCCCCAGGUGGGGGUCACAGGAAGUGCAGAUGGAGCUCAGAUUCUUCGGUUAACUGUCACCCUCUCCCCUCCCCCAUCACACACACCAGGCCCUGCCAGGACAAGGCAGCUCCUGGAAGCUCCACCAGGACCCACGUCCACCAGGCAUCUCGAACCCUCGGCCGCCAUGGACCCCCUGAGGCGCUCCCCCUCUCCCUGCCUGUCCUCGCGGCCCUCCAGCCCCAGCACCCCACCCUGCGAGAUGCGUGGUCCUGUGGGCAUCGAGGCUGUGCUGGACCAGCUGAAGAUUAAGGCUAUGAAGAUGGGGUUUGAGUUCAACAUCAUGGUGGUGGGGCAGAGCGGACUGGGCAAGUCCACGAUGGUGAACACACUGUUCAAAGUGUGGAAGUCAAACCCACCGGACUUGGGGGUGCCCCCAUCCCAGACGCUGCAGCUGCAUUCAGUGACCCAUGUCAUCGAGGAGAACGGUGUGAAGCUGAAGCUGACAGUGACGGACACGCCCGGCUUCGGGGACCAGAUCAACAAUGACAACUGCUGGGACCCCAUCCUGGGCUAUAUCAACGAGCAGUACGAGCAGUACCUGCAGGAGGAGCUCCUCAUCACCCGCCAGCGCCACAUCCCAGACACCCGGGUGCACUGCUGCUUGUACUUUGUACCACCUACUGGGCACUGCCUGCGGCCCCUGGACAUUGAGUUUCUGCAGCGGCUGUGCCGGACUGUGAACGUGGUGCCCGUGAUUGCCCGGGCCGACAGCCUGACCAUAGAGGAGCGAGAGGCCUUUAGGCGCAGGAUCCAGCAGAACCUGAGGACCCACUGCAUCAACGUUUACCCCCAGAUGUGCUUUGACGAGGACAUCAAUGACAGAACCCUCAACAGCAAGUUACGGGAGCGAAUCCCUUUUGCUGUGGUAGGGGCUGACCAAGAGCACCUGGUGAACGGGAGGUGUGUCCUGGGCCGGAAGACCAACUGGGGCGUCAUUGAAGUGGAGAACAUGGCACACUGUGAAUUUCCUCUCCUGAGAGACCUGCUCAUCCGCUCCCACCUCCAAGACCUGAAGGACAUAACCCACAACGUCCACUACGAGAACUACCGUGUCAUCAGACUCAAUGAAAGCCACCUGCUGCCCCGUGGGCCCGGCUGGGUGAACCUGGCCCCGGCCUCCCCGGGACAGCUGACCACCCCCCGGCCCUUCAAGGUCUGCAGGGGGGCCCAUGAUGAUUCUGACGAUGAGUUCUGACCACCGGCUGAUCCCACGGCUGCUGGGCUUCCCGAGUCCCCAGCAGCUCUCAACACACAUCUGUGUACCAGAGCAUCUAUUACGUGUGAGCCUUGCUUUUUAUGAAAA